AUGACUUCUAAAACAAUGCCUGUUAAGAAAACAAGAUUACUUUUUCUCCAGGUGGAUGCAGAGACUGAAGAGUUCGAAUCCGCUCUUGCCACCCUACUCCUCAAUACCAGGGAUAUAGUAUCUAAGGAGUUCAAAGUCGAGGUGAACGUUGCCAGCAGUUUUGCACAGAUCGCCUCCUCAACCAUCCUAGGAGACGUGACAAACUUUGUGGUUGGGUUCUUCAUAGUCUUCAUAUACGUUAACAUCAUGCUCGGCAGAUUGAACUUUGUAGAGCAGAGGAUGUUUCUAUCGCUGAUGGGACUGAUGAGUGUCGGAAUCUCAAUAUUUUUCUCCUACGGUGUAUGUUCUCUAAUGGGUUUACAGUUUGGUCCUCUACAUAAUAUCAUUCCGUUCCUUAUUCUUGGUAUAGGAAUUGAUGAUAUGUUUGUAACAACACAAUGCUUCAGCAAUCUACCAAAGGAUGGAAAGGAGAGAAGUUUGCACGAAAGAAUGGGCUGUGCAAUGAAAAAUGCCGGCUGUGCGAUCACCAUCACUUCAAUUACAGAUUUUAUCGCAUUUAUAAUUGGUGGUACAACUGUGCUUCCGGCGUUGCGCUCAUUUUGUAUUUUCUGCGCCAUUGGAAUUUUAGCAGUGUACUUUCUCCAGGCAACCUGGUUUAUUGCCUGGUUCUCCCUGGACCAGAGAAGGAUUGAAGAAAAGAGAAAUGGAUCAAUUCCUUGCUACGUUCAUGUCAACUACACACCAAACAAGUUAAGUCAGCAGAAUAUAGUUGCAACCAUGUUCCAGCAUCUAGCAGAUAUUAUACUCAGAAAACCAGCAAAGAUUAUGCUUCUAUUCCUUACGGCAGCGCUUUUUGGAAUAUCUAUCUAUGGAAAUGUUGAGCUCAGACAGGAAUUCAACCCAAUCUGGUUUCUACCCUCGGACUCGUAUAUUGCACAAUGGCACCAUUUCAACUCCAUUUAUUAUCCGUCUAGGGGGGAGCAGGUGACAGUUUUUAUUGGAAACCUUGACCUUCCGAGGGAACUAGUAAACCUCGAACAUAUGCAUAGUGAAUUGUUGGAGCAGAAAGACAUAAUUGCUGAAAUAGACAGCUGGUAUCUUGGGUUUAAGAACUACAUGGAAACAAACUUUUUAAACGGAAAAAGUUUGUUUGAAUUGGAGAAAGAUGAGUUUGACCGGAGGCUGACGCAGUAUCUUUUCAGUCCAGGAGGAAGUCAACAUAGAUUCCUUUUCCAGUUCAAUCAUCACUUAGCCUGCGGUGAACCUUCCCCUACUCCUCAGCUCUCUAUACUCAGCUUCAAGCACAGACUAAUGUCUGGACCAGAGGAACAGAUCCCUGCUAUGAACCGUGUUAAGACGAUUAUCAGAAACUCAAACUUCUCCUCCAGGGUGUUCCCAAUGGCUCAAGGAUAUGCAUCCUGGGAAACAGAUGAGGUAAUCUCUGUUGAGUUGUACAGAAACAUGAGCUUGGCUCUUGGUUGUAUAUUCAUUACAACCUGGAUACUUCUAUUUAACUUCUGGGCCUGUAUCAUGGUUUUGAUAUCAGUAGUUGUGACACUGGUCAAUGUCGCAGGAUUUAUGCAUUUCUGGGGGCUCACCAUUGAUACAGUUUCAUGUACAAACCUCAUCAUUGCCAUUGGUUUGUGCGUUGAUUACUCGGCUCACAUCACGCACACCUUCAUGGUAAACACCGGGUCGAGGGAGAGAAGGGUGAAGGACGCCUUGAUAAAUAUAGGUCCUGCUGUUCUUAACGGAGGAUUCAGCACAUUCCUGGCAUUUAUUCUGCUCGCAACAUCUAAAUCUCAUGUCUUCACUUCUUUCUUCAAGAUAUUCUUUCUUGUGGUUCUGUUUGGAUUGUAUAACGGUCUUAUCCUUCUCCCUUUACUUCUCAGCAUAUUUGGCCCGAGAUCGUAUAAUCACGAUGUUAGCAGUACGAAUACCUCUGAUGAAAUUGAACCCCUGAAACCGAUGAUAAAACAGUCCGUCGUUCAAAAAGAAAACCAAAGUUCUGAAACGCAGGUUGAAAGGAGUAACUCUAAACCAUGAUUGUGAACUAGUGAAAUACCAAAGAAGUUUAUUUUAUAAAAGAAUUUAAAAACUGAUUUGUUACACAAAUUAUUCAUCCUGUUCAACUAGUUAUAAUCGGAUCCAAACAGCUAGCUCUGUGUUGACUGCAUAUUCAUACAGAGAAAAAUUGAUGAUAUGUCGUCUUUGUACAUUACUUGUUUUUAAUGAAUUAGCAACCUAUUCCAAGUUUUAGAACUUGUAUUUCAAUAUGUUUAUUUUUUUGAUCCACUCCUUAUCUUUUCUAUGCAUUGAAAUUAAGGGCUAUUUAAGGGUGUCCCAAUAAACAUGGGAAUUAAGAGACGUCUUGAAAGUCGUCUUUGAUUUCUGAUAUUUUGAAAUAUCUCCGUCAAUUUUGAAGAUACAAAAAUGGUAGAAAAUCUCAAGACCAGGCGUUUUCGAUAUUAGAUGUUUAAACUGGAAUAUUGUAAUAAUUGUGUUAAUGAAAUAAUGCCGCAUGGAUCAUAAAAAAUAUAAAAGAUGUCACUGAAUUCCCAUGUUUUUUGUGACACUCUGUAGUAUUUUUUAUGAAAUGUCAUUGAACUGCGACAAGAACCACUACGACGUCAAAAUUUGUCUGUUUUUUUUUGUAAAAAAAAUCCUAAGGUUAAAUUCACAUCACUGAAUUUUGUAUAUUUAUAUCUCUGUAUUCAUGUUUAUUGUAGUUUGUAAAGUGUUAGUUAUGUAAAUUAUCUCAUGACCUUAAAUUUUUGUGAAUAUACAUCUAAAUAUUGUAUAUAAAUAGUAA